CAAGCCCUCACUUCUCUUGAACCUUUUUUUGUUUCUCGCGCGCGUCGUGCACGGCCGACGCAACACACACAAGCACACGGCACACGCACACGCACACGCACGCACGUGAAGAGGGCGCGUCGGAAAUUUGCGAGUGGAAGGUGUUGGUUGUUGCUCUUCAGGCCGGCCGCCGUAUCUGCUCCCUUUGUCCCCGUCCUUGGCUUCGCUCGCCUCUCUCUCUCUCUCUCUCUCUUUUUCUCUCUUUCUCGCGUCCUCUACUGUGUUGUGUCGUCGCUCAAAGAGGGCUGUGGCGGAGGUAGAAGGAGUGAUGGCACCUUCGACUCGACUGAGCGGGACGGGCCUGGGGGCGUCUUCGUAUUCCCAGGGCAUCGACGGCAUCCUGAGCCAAUACCACGAGUUCAAGCGAAAGCACAUUGCACAAAAUAGGCAGAUCAUCAAGACGAAUGCCGAGCUCCAGAUCCGGCACCGGGACCUCGAGCGACGGAUCCAGACGCUCGAGGCGCAGCGCAACGAGUCUGAAAUCGAAAAGGUGCAGCUGCAGGCCGACUAUGAGCGGGCGCAGCAUGCACUGCGUGGUGUGGCAAAGGGAUGGCAGGCCAUGGCGAGGAAUCUUGAAAUCGUGGCGAGCGCCGGGAGGAUGGAUUUGGGCCUCAAUGGCUACCACGACGCCGGCGCAGACGGCAACGACGAGGGACAGGGACACAGAGACGAAGAAGAGACGACACCGAGAUUCGAGAGACAGGCGAUGCAUCUCCAACCGGGCAAAAGGAUCACGCUUGGUGCCAAUGCACUGCCGGCAAAUGAUGCAGUCAAGCGUGUGGCUCAGCCGCCCAAUCUACUGUAUCCCAACCUGAUGGAGCAGCCAGAAGAAGAGGAAGAGGAUGAAGGGAAGGAAAAAGGAGAAGAAUAUGGAGCGAUAGAACCGGCUAUACAACAGCCGCAAGGAGAAGAGGAAGUAGACGAGGGCGAGGACGAGGACGAGGAAGAGGCCGAGGAGUCGCGAGACGACGAUACCAUCCGCGUGCUUGCAUCUUCCGCGUCCGACGAGCAGCCCUCUCCAGGGCCCCCGGUGCGAGAACAAGGAGGUAUAAGCAGACAGAGACUGGCACCGGCCAAGCGGGCGGCGCGAAGAAGCAGUGGAGUCUCCCAAGCGGCAGAAGCGUCUCAAGCAGGAGCAGCAGAUGCCAGCGAGGACGAAGAAACAGAGCGGACGCUGCGCACGUCCUCGAGCAUCGACAGUCUGAGCUCCUUUGUUGACGACGGCGAGAUUCAGCUGUCAGAAGACGACGACGACGACGACGAAGAUGACAACACGGCCAACUUCGCAAUAGCAGUCGAGAGAAAUCUGUCGCACAGCGCGUCGCCUAUACCAGCAACAGCAACGAAUCGGAAACGCAAGGUGCCGACCUCGCCCGAGACACUGAGGCAGACGCCGAGGAGCACGAGCCCACCGAGCUCGACGGCCGGUGAAGAGGAGGAUGAUGGGGACGACGACGGUACGGCCGCAUCCACUUCGCGCCGGUCAGCACGGUCAUCGGUCCGGUCGCGCUCGUCGGUCAACUACGCGCUGCCCAAGCUCAACACAAAGAUGCGCAAACCAGACCCCGUCGACCUUGUUCCCGCCGGCACUGCCGGGGGAAGCAGUGGCAGCCAGGGCGCCGCUGGGCCAAGAGGCUCACGGACAGGAUCGAAUAAAGGCGACAAACGGAGAAGCGGAGCGUCAAGUGGCCGUACUUCGUCGACGGCAUUACGAGGCAGAAACGGGGUGGCGAGCAGCGGUAAUCUGAGCGACUUGCGCAAACAGCAUCAAGAGAGGGGCGAACAGCAAGAGCAGCCGCAUGCAGAGGAUCCAGCGACUGACUUGGGAGGUCGAGAAGACGCGUCCGGUGACGGUCCACGACCUCAAUCAAUGCCCGAGACGGCACCGCAAGAUUGGCGCAAACAAGUGCGGACGUCAAGCGGUCGCAGAAAGUCCUCUACCUCAAAAGGGAGAAGGAUUUCGAAACCCGAGGAGAGCAAUGAUGAGGAAGGAGAAGAACAAGAGGAAGAUGGGCGGAGCACGGGUGGGGACGAUGAAUACGAGAGCGAUGGCCGCAGCCAAGACGGUCCCCGUCUGGUCUCUUCCUCCGUGAGGGCUCCUGCAGAGACAAGACCGCCGCUGGCCAAGACGGCGGGCAACGGCAAGGAGGAAGGGGCACCUCACAACUUUGACGGCCUGUUCAAGGGCGUACACGACGUCAGACCCCUGGGUGGAGGAGCAGACACCCCGAUACCCAAGCCUUCGUCCAUGGCGAGCGGCAAGAACAUCAAGGCGCUCAAGCUUGCUGGACGAUUGCCCAGCGGACAUGCCGGUGUCCGGCCAAAGACGCUCUCGCGCCCCUCUGGCAAGACGUCCGUUGCGGUGAAGCAGAGCCAAUCUUCAGCCACAGGGGCGAAUGGUCGCUCCCUUUCUGCUUCCGACGCUGGUCUUUCCAGCCAGCUUCAAGGUCAAAGUCAGGGACAGAGCCAAGGAUUAGGACAAGUGACAGGGACAGGGCAAGCCAAGCAGAGAGCGAGCCUCCAUGCGGCGAUGACGAACCCGUGAACCCGUGUCCAUUUCCCCUUUGUACCACUCCAGCUACUUGCUGUCGCUUAUCGUUGAUAUACCUCUCCGCUGCCGUCGCUGCCGUACAACGCGGCAGUAGAAUGCAAGACUUUCCUACAGCUCUCUUCGUGGCCUAUGUGCGCGUGGUCCAAGACAGGAGUGGCGUCUGGUUGCAUACAGCAUGGCCUGGUCGUGUGAUUGAAUGACGGCCCUGAAUUUGAAUUAGACUGCACGUCUUUACAGACGUGAAAUGUCAAAAAAAGGCU